UGUGUGACAAUGGGAAGCAGGUUGCUGUAUGUGUGUGAAUGAAGAGUGCGGCGAAAGUAACCUCGCCACUGGUUCUUGGAGGGGCCUGUUUGCUAUUUUGUUUGGUAGAUUGCAUUCCCCUCCUAUUCUAACAUUAUCCCGUUUGACUACCGAACAACCGCAUGAACCAGAGACCACCCUGGAGCUUGUUAGCCCCUAUUAACACCUUGGAACGGUUCUCACCGCAGUGUUCUAAUUGUUCGUCUGGGUGGCCGCAAUUCCCAUGGACAACCACGAGGUGGCGACCAUCUUGCUUGCAUGAACGCAGGCAGCGGUGUUUGGGCGUGAAUCUCAUGGAACUAAAAUCGGACACAAAAACUCCCGAACACCGCAGUAUUCGGUGAAAUCAUUAGUCUGGAUGAGGGGUACAAGCUCCAGGGCCAGGAAUAAGAUCAGUGGGGAUCUGGCGGCGGUGAAGAUUGUAAAGAAGGAAUCCGAUGAAGAUUUCUCCAUUGUCCAGAAGGAGGUGUUGAUGUUAAAGGGCUGUGCACAUAGAAACAUCGUGGCCUAUUACAGCAGUUACAUAAGGGUGAACAAGCUCUGGAUCUGCAUGGAGUACUGCGGAGGGGGUUCUCUUCAAGACGUGUAUCAAGUGACCGGAGCCCUCUCUGAGCAGCAGACAGCGUAUGUGUGCAGAGAGACCUUACAGGGUCUGUUUUACCUCCAUAACCAGGGGAAGAUACACCGAGACAUUAAGGGAGCAAACAUCCUUCUCAAUGACAAAGGGGACGUUAAAUUAGCGGAUUUUGGGAUAUCCGCGCAGCUCACGGCCACUUUCGCCAGGAGAAAUUCUUUUAUUGGGACGCCAUAUUGGAUGGCUCCGGAAGUGGCGGCUGUAGAACUGAAAGGCGGUUAUACAGAGCUGUGCGAUAUCUGGUCUCUCGGGAUCACAGCUAUUGAGCUUACAGAGCUGCAACCACCCAUGUUUCAUAUUCACCCUUUACGCGUUCUCUUUUUGAUGUCCAAGAGUGGUUUUCAACCUCCGAAGCUUAAAGACAAGUCAAAAUGGUCUGGAGGAUUUCACAACUUUAUAAAGGUGACAUUAACAAAAAGCGCCAAGAAGAGACCCAGCGCCUCUAAACUGCUGACUCACCAGUUUGUCGCUCAGCCCGGACUCAACGCUUCUCUCACCCAGGAAUUGCUGGAGAAGUUACGAAAUCCUGAGAAGCAGAGGGAAACUCCUUACCCAGAGGAAGAAGAGGAUUUUGAGGAGGUCCAUCCAACAUUCUCUCGCAUCCUUUCAAAAAACCGCCACUCCAAAGCCAGCCGUUCUUCUUCAGACAUACAGCUGCGCCAGAUCCAUUUCCAGAAUUUGGCCGUAAAGGAGGGGGUAGAAUUUGGAUUCUCAUUGAAUAAAUCGUUUGAAGGAGAAAGUGAUGUAUGUCAAGCUGUGUCUGGCCGAACGCCCUGCAUCAGGGGAGAAGACUCUGAUGAUGAUGACGAUGAUGAUUACGAUGAUGUUGAUAUACCGAGUGCUGUUGAUCCCAGUAUUGACAUAUUGCCAUCCGAGGAAGUCCCCCCUCCUCUCCCACCCAAGCCCAGAUUCCGCACCUCGUCAGCUGAAGCCGGCAUGAAGCCGAACAGAUUACAUACUCCUCCCACACUGGUGCGCUGCUCUAGUGGUCCCAGCGUCCCCAGGAACGCAGAGCAGGCAUGGCCGCAGUGUGUAUGGAACCCGCUACCUGCUGCAAGCUCUGAGCCAUCUCUUGUAAUACAAGAUCUUCCAUCUAUACUGCCACCAACUUUACCCCCCAAAAACAGAAAAAAUCAGAAAGAAACCAAAUUUAAAAAGAUUUUUAAUGGAUGCCCUUUGAAAAUCCAUUCAGCCACGUGCUGGGAUCAUCCUACAACAAAAGAUUCACACAUCAUCCUGGGAUGUGAAGAAGGAAUCUUCACCCUGAACAGAGCUGAAUCAGAGGCUUCUCUCGAACUGCUGUUUCCCGGCCGGACGAUAUGGGUCCAUUCUAUCAACAAUGUUUUAAUGUCCAUUUCUGGUAAAGCGUCCCACCUGUAUUCUCACAAUCUGACAGCCCUCCACGAGCAGUCACGCAGAGAGUCACGACUGGUUCACAUCUCCACACACAGACUUCUUCCCAGGAGGAAAUCCACAUCCAGCAAAGUGCCAGACACUAAAGGCAGCAAGAAGUGUUGUGUAGUUCACAAUGAUGCGUGUGACACCUGGUUCCUGUGUGUUGCCCUGGAGAGCAGUAUCCUCCUCCUAGAAUGGUACCAACCUCUCCAAAAGUUCAUGUUGCUCAAGCACUUUGAUUUCCCCUUGCCCUGCCCCCUGAAGCUUUUCCAGAUGUUUGUAGUCCCAGGGGAGCAGUACCCACUGGUAUGUAUUGGGGUUCAGAAAAGUUCUGCCCCAGGUGCUCGAGUUCAGUUUCAAACCAUCAACCUGAAUUCAUUAACAUCAUGGUUCACGGACUUCAGUGCUGACAGUUCAUGGUCUGGGCCAGUACAAUUGAUACAGACGAGCAAUGAAAGUAUCUUGGUGCUGACAGAUAACACACUAAGUUUUGUGGACCUUCAUGGAGAUCCCUUGCAUGCGUGCCGUGUCCCUGAAGUAUCUUUCAGCUUCUCAGUGGAAUCUGUAGCUAUUUAUGGAGACAGAAUAAUUGUCUUCCGCAACAAAGGCUACCAGGAGUUGGAUAUGUGGUCUGCAGAGGUAGUAACUGAAUGCUGCGAUCGAUCUUUCCGCCUCUUAUCUUCAGACAGCAGUGUGAUUAUUCUUGAAGCAUCGAAGGCCGUCCAUCACAGUACAACCAACCUGUACAUUCAGGAGUGCUGACGUGUGGUCCAGCUUGUGUCUGGGACCAUGGGGAGUAGUUUUAACCCUGUGACAUGUGAACGUCCAAUGGGAUUUAUAGCUGAUCUCUGUGAGUUUUGGGUCAGUUUGGAGGGAGGUGUUCUGCAUGUUCCUGUCUCUGGGCCGUAGGAGACGCUCUGUAUACAGUAAAACAUUUCAUGCACUAUUACCCCAAGCGCCUGGUCAUUCUUACAACA